CCGUUCUGUAAAGUUUAGGUUAGGCCCUAGCCAGUAGUAGUAGUAAACAACUAAACUAGGGGCCUAGGCCUACCCUAGCUAAGGCCUCCUAUCCUAACGUAUUGGUAGGCCUAAUAAUAAUAGACUAGGCCUAGCCUAGUAGUAGUAUGCUAAGAAAGUAGCAUUCGUAUUCUAGGGCCUAUCUAAGCCUCCUACAUAUUUAGGUAUAUGUCUGGUUUAAUAUAAGGACAUAAUAUUCAUAGUUACAAACCUCAGAGACUUGAAAUGCGUGAGCGACCACCAAUGUGGGUGGCAUGCAGCACUAGGGCCCCCGCCAUGGUCCAGCCGGGGCAGAGCUUGGGUGGGGGUCCAGAUGUGGGACCGUCCCACACAAUGCAAGAUGGUUGGUAGCUAUAUAAGGAAGUGGAAAUGUUUACGUGACCGUAAACAAAUCAAUAAGCCAUGAUUUACGUGAAAUAAAUAAUGCAUGCGCAGUCAUACAUUAAUAAACAUGCAUUAUUGUUGGUCAUGUACAUUUAUCAAUCCUGGUUGUAUAAAAUGUACAGUACGUUGAUGCGAGUUCAACUUUCAGCACUCAAAAUUAGUGCCACCACAGCUCUGAUUUAUUAAUUUAAUUAUAUUUUGUUUUUAUUAUUAAACAUAAUUUAAUUUUAGACAACAUUGUUAUGAUAUAGUGUUUAGUUGGGUUGAGACUCAAGUGCCAAUUGAGCAUGAAGAACAACAACUCGUCCACUAAUAAUUUCCCACCAAUUUAUUAGACAACAUUUUAAUGAUAUAGGACAAGAUAGAAUUUCAAAAAAAUGUUUGUACAUGCAUACUUGUUCCAGCGCACAGGAAGGAACUUAAAAAGAUGUCUUGCAGUCAACAUGUGUUAAUAAGAAAGAAAAUAAGAAUUUAAUAAGGGCCUAGGCCUAUUCAUUCAUCACCUAACAAGAUGGUCUACUGUCAAAGAAGUUGGAAAGUCGCCAGAAAAUUAUCCAGCAUCAACUUUGCUGCAGCUAUUGGUAAUCAUGGCAUUGUUUGUAAGCAUUUUAUAAACACAGGUAUUCUUGAGCUGAGUCAAGAAGUUCAAAAAGCACUGAAGUAUGGUUCACCCUUGGUGGCACUAGAAAGUACCAUCAUCACACAUGGGAUGCCAUACCCAUUCAACCUCAGAACUGCUCAGUCAGUGGAGCAGAUUGUUCGUGAUGGUGGAGGAGUUCCGGCUACCGUUGCAGUAUUUGACGGUAAAAUUCAUGUUGGGUUGACUACUAACCAACUUGAAAGAUUAGCAACUUGCAAGGAUGCUCUCAAGACCUCCAGGAGAGACCUAGCGUGGUCUGUCAGCCAAGGCAAAGUUGGUGGAACUACUGUAGCAGCAACUAUGAUCGCUGCGCACUUGGCUGGUAUACGUAUAUUUGUAACAGGCGGUAUUGGUGGCGUACAUCGGGGCGGCCACAAUAGUAUGGAUAUCAGCUCAGAUCUGACAGAGCUUGGUAGAACACCCGUGGCAGUGGUUUGUGCUGGUGCAAAGUCUAUAUUAGACAUUGGAAGAACUCUAGAAUAUUUAGAAACCCAGGGAGUAACAGUAGCAACAUAUGGGGAUUCAAAGUAUUUCCCAGCUUUCUUUGCACCAGCCAGCCCGUACUUGUCCCCUUGUAACAUUUCAAAUGCAACGGAAGCGGCUCAGGUUUUUGCAACAAAUGAAUCACUUGAACUGAAUAGUGGAGUUCUGAUUGCAGUUCCAAUCCCAGAAUGCAAUGCCAAGGACAGCAUUCAGGUGGAGCAUGCCAUACAAGAAGCCAUAGCUGAGGCAGAACACAAGGUACAAGUUGGAAAGGAUGUUACACCAUACAUCCUGAAAAGAGUCAAUGAAAUCACAGGAGGAAAGGCUCUUGAAGCUAAUAUUGCAUUGGUGAAAAAUAAUGCCAAAGUAGGAACUGAAAUAUCUGUAGAAUACAGCAAAAUCCGUGCUCAAAAAUCCUACAGAAUUGGGUCAAAGGGCGGAAACAGUACUCAACACAGCUACAGAGGACGACAGAGUAGUAAAGUGGCCAGAAGACCAGUAGUGGUUGGUGCCAGUAUAUAUGACUUGAAUGUCAUGACUUAUGGAACUGAUGUUAUUUAUGGUGGUACCACUAAUCCUGGUUCAAUCCAACAGGGAGUUGGUGGUGUUGGCAGAAACAUAGCGGAUUGCUUGUCAAGACUCGAUGUAGAUCCAUUAUUUAUAUCUGUUGUAGGAGAUGACAUUGAAGGUCAAAGUUUGAUGAGCCAAUCAAACCAUAUGGACACCAGUUGCAUUACUGUGCUGAUUGGUGAGAGGACGGCCUCAUACUGUGCUGGGUUGAAUGGCAGUGGUGAUGUGUUCCUAGGAGUUGGUGAUGCUAAGAUUUGUGAUCAAAUAACACCUGAGCUAGUCAGUGGUUACAAAGAGGUCAUUUCACAGGCACCCCUUGUGUGUAUAGAUGGUAACAUUCCAAGGGACACCAUUCAAUAUGUGUGUGAUGUAUGUAAUGAUCAUAAUAUACCAAUUUGGUAUGAGCCUACCUGUGCACUGAAAGCUAUAAAACCAUUUGAAACAAACGCUGGAAAAUUCCUCACCUAUGUUAGUCCAAAUCUCAGGGAACUACGUCAAAUGUACGCUGCUGUUGAAGGACACCAGCCUCAAUCUGUACAUGAUGAAGACAUGUCGUUGACUGACAUUAUUCGAGAGUGUCAUCAUCUUUGCAGCGUAUUAAUUAGUCAUGGCCUUCAUUGCAUCAUAUUGACUCUCGGUCCAGAUGGCAUUCUUGUCUGUCGUAACACCGAACCGGAAGAUAUGUUUCCAUGCAGUUAUGUGACAAGGCGUGAUGAAUCUGCAAUGAGCAUGGCAUCUCUUCUACAUUACCCAGCAUGCAGUGAGGUGCACUUGCCUGGGGAGGUUGUCAGUGUUUCCGGUGCAGGAGAUUGCCUCGCUUCAGGUGUGAUGGCAGGGAUCCUUCAAGGCCAUGAACCAGACAUCUGCAUCAAAGGGGGACUAUUAGCAGCUAACCAUUCCAUAAGAUCUCUGAAGACAGUUCCAGAUUCAAUACGUUCUCAAGAUUUCUCGGUAGAAUCUAUCAAGAACUGGGCACCAUGGACUCCAGCUUGCAUUUUGUGAUAUAUUGGUGGUGGGUGUUAGACCAGCAGUUGAGAACUAUACGGAGAACUUAUGCUGAAAAAAUUUGGGUCCUGGAUCAAUUUUGAUGGGUCAAUUUAUUAUUAUACAGUAACUGAUCACAAUACAAAGCUAGGUCUAAAAAUAAAAUUAUUGCAAUUCAAUUGAAAAUUCAACCUCCAAUGUUCAGGGGUUUUUAAAUGUGUAUAUGCAUACAAUAUGUCCUUUAAAUUGCUUUUCAGAGGUUUUUUCAUUUGUACAUUGACUUUAUCUAAAAUGACCACAUACUGUAGAGUGGACCGGAACUUGGAGUUUAGUCAAUCCCUAUUUAUAUGCCGACUCCCAGUGAUAUGGGUGGUGUAAUUUUUGCAGAAAAUACAACAAAGUGUUUUUUCACUUUGUUGUACAACCCAUGGCCUAGUUGCAUUGUAAUGAUGGGCUUAACUUCAAGGCAUUCUCUACUCCCAAAAUUAGGCCACAAAAUGCCUACUGUGUCAUGGGUCAAAAACCUUCCCGACUGCUGCGCUAGGCAAAUAUCCCCUGAACAAGUACACAUUCAUAUCAAAUAAUUGAAGCAGGAAUUCCUCACCACUCAGUUCUUUAUAUAUUGGUAGGAAUGGAGCUGAAGUAUUGUAGCUUGUUGGUGAGCUCUGGCUGGAUGGACCACCCUCACAGCAUAUUGUUGGAAUAAAUACAUUAUUGUGACGCUUGCCAUGCAAGCUUUUAAUCCGAGAAUUUUUUUUUUUUUCCAUGACAAAAUUCUCCAUUUACAUUAGAGUAUUUAUAGACAUCAGAGAGGAUUAUGACAGCACCAGUCUUAUAAACUACAGGGUAGAGCUCAGAAAUAUUUAAUUGAUGGUCAAUGGACAACAUAUAUUUUGUGUAACUUCUAAUUUAUUAAUAAAAGUUACUUUCAAAGUUAAUAUUAA